GAAAAAAAAAUCAGAUAGGCGAAGGUGAUUGGUUGAAAGGGAAGAAUGAAAGAGGCAUAGGCAUAUGUAGAGGAACGUCAACCUCACAAUCCUCCAAAAAUCAAUCAAAGGAAUGGUGCUUAUAGAAGAGGCUCUUUCUUUUUCUUUUCAUUCCAUUUUGGCAUACUUAUUAACAGUGAGGGGAGUGGGAAUUGAAACACCACACAAUAAGAAUCCCAUCUCAAACAAGACACGUACGUUUGUCACUUACCAUACAAAAGAAACUCUGUGGGCGACGUGUAAUCUAAUUUCCCACCCACUCCCUUUGCUUUAUUCCCCACACAACCUUCUCCAAUUUCAAAUCUCUUCUACACAAUUCAAACUCUCUCUCUCUCUCUCUCUCUCUCUGCAUGAAAAGAUAACAGCCAACCCUUCAUGGCUCACCGAUCCUCUGCUGAAUCUCAUGACCAGAUUCCUUCAAAGUCAUUGGACCUUAACACUCUCCAUCCAAGUAAAGAUAUCAUCAACAUGGAGGAGCAGCAGCAACAGCAACAGCAACAGCAAGACCCCUUAUUCUCCCUGAGCAAAAUUAACCGUGAUGGUAUUGAUAGAGAUAAGGGUGUUACAGAGGAAGACCCGUCUGCUUCAAAAUCCCUUCUUUGCGAGGAGGAGAAAAUGGCAUUGCAGGAGGCUGCUAAGGAAAGUAGUGUAACAGAGGGUUUAGAAGAGGAUAAUGGACGCGAGAGGCUGAAGCGGCAUAGAGUUGAAGUGGCUGGGAGGGUUUGGAUUCCUGAUAUGUGGGGUCAGGAGGAGCUGUUGAAGGAUUGGAUAGAUUGCACAGCAUUUGAUGCCCCUUUGGUUCCGAGCAGAAUCUCCACUGCACGAGAGGCUUUGGUUGAAGAGUGUACAAGAGCAAAUGCUGCAGGACUAAGAAUAGAGAACAGGGACUUGGAUUUCAAUGAUUUAUCUCUUAAUAACAGCACAACUGUAGAGGUUCAAAACACCCCAACGUUCGCAGACACCGAGAAGAGCAUCUAAACAAAAGGAUCCGAUGCAAGUACGAAAAUAUACAUUGAAAUUGAGAAGGGAGAUUAUUAUAUUAAGAAAAAAUGGAAACCAGCUGCUCCAGCUUGUCAGUAAACUCAAACAGUAUGCAAGAACAUCAUGCUAAUCUCUUCAAAAUAAAACACUGUUCAAAUAAAAACUAGAUCCAGAUAAAGAAAGUUGCGAAUACAGUUAAUAUUAUGACUGAGUGACUGGGCGUUGUCUGCAUCUAUGUUGUAAAUAAAGAAACAUUUGGCAUUGGUUUGUCA